AUGAGUAGGGCCCUUGACCACAUCUCUCAGUCACCCUUCACGUGCAAGAUAGAAGGGGCAAAGCUUCCUCGGCGGUUCCACCAACCCACUUUCACCAUCUAUAAUGGUCGGACGGAUCCCGUAGAGCACAUAAGCCAGUUUAACCAGAGGAUGGCUGUCCAAUCCAGAGACAAGGCGUUGAUGUGCAAAGUGUUUCCGUCCAGUUUGGGACCCAUGGCGAUGAGAUGGUUUGACAGUCUCAAGCCAAACUCCAUAAAUUCUUUUAAGCAACUAACACAAGCUUUCGGUUCUCACUUCAUAACGAGCAACAGGGUUCCUCGGCCCUUAGAUUCCCUCCUAUCCUUGUCCAUGCGAGAAGGAGUGACCCUGAAAACCUACUCGGAUAAGAAUUGGGAGAUGUACAACGAGAUAGAGGGAAACUACGAUGACGUCGCUAUCAGCACAUUUAAGAGAGGCCUACCGAUGGAGCACCGUUUAAGGAAGUCCCCGACUGGGAAACUAGUCACUAGCGUGCGCCAACUCAUGAAUCGAAUCUAUAAGUACAAGAGAGUCGAAGAAGACCAAUAG